UCGCCCCCUCUCUCUCUCUCGUUCUUCAUCCCUUUUCCCUGGAUCCCUCUCAACCAUCCCCCUUUCGGCAAAUCGAGAUUAAAACGGUGGCCAUGGCGCUCUCAAGAUCCGAUCUUUUCUCUAGAAUUCGAUCCUCUUCGAAGGCCGAGGUUCUUGUGCCGCGUCGCGGGUACCAUAUCGAUCUCGGCGCUCGCGAGAAGGCGCUAUUGGAAGAAGACCCAGCAUUGAAGAAGUUUAAAUCAUACAAGAACACUGUGAAGAGAGUAUCAAAAAUUGGAACUGGUCUCACAGCUCUUGUAGUCGCCGCAUGCACCUACGAGAUCUUCACGGUGGCGGCAAUGAGGAAGAUCUAGAGUUAUAAUGAUGGGGAUUCAGACUCUUCCAAUAAAAGAUGGACAUGAAUGCCUUCUGAAGCUUCACACAGAGUCCAGAUUGGAUCUGUUUG